AUGGAUAAUCACCAACUUUCCAAUUUAAACUUCGAGCCAGUGAGCUACUUUAUAGGAAAUGGAUCGGAAAAUACCGUGUUAAACGAUUGGGAUCCAUUUGUUUGCUCUGUUGAAACUACAUUUCAACUACCUUUAGCGAGCGAAGUAAACGAUUUAGAUAGUGCAAAUCUGAAUGAUCAUGGAAUUGGAUAUCCUAGUAGUGAGAAAGAGGAAUAUGCAAUAAAUGAUGCUAAAAACGUGGAAAAUACUACAAAUCAUAAUUUACCUACCGCGGUAAUGUCAUCGUGUCCAAGUAGAAUAUUUCGUGCAAUUCCUUUUCCAGAUUUCGAUACAUCCGUCUAUAACGAUCUGUCUGAGGAUGAGUUGUUUAACCAGCUGAGGUAUUUGGUAAUGACAGGUGACAGACCAAAUGCUUCUGGAGUGUCGAAGGUCGCAAUACUACAAGCUGCUAUUCAAUACAUUUCGCAAGUAUCUUACGAAAAAGAUCAAACUGCUGAAGAAAGUAAUUUCAAACCUGCCAUAAAAGCUGAUAUCCAAAGUAUUCUAGAUGAAAGUCUACAGUACCCAUAUUGUGCUCAAGCUCAGGAAUCAGGUUAUGGUAGUCUAACUCCAUCUAUAAAUAGCAAUCCAUCUUCGGCUAGGGAAACUCCUGUUGACAUAGAGGAUACUGCAAAUUUAGAAACUUUGAAGGAGCUGAAUUCGAUCAAUUUUCCUGAUGUAACUAGUAUAUUUAAGCAUGACAGCAACGUUAAAAGCAAGAUCGUUAAACCAAAAAGAAAAUAUCGUAAAAGGCAAGUAGUUGAUAAAAAAGGUAAUAGCUGUAUUCGCACCGCACUUGAUGAUGAAACUGCAGGAGAUGGGUGCAAACGAAAACAUCGCACAUAUCAGAACCAUAAGAAGAAUACUCUACACCCUAAGAAUUCACUUGCUAGAAUAAAAUAUAUGCUGUUUAGCAGAGUCAUGCGGCCAAAAAUUAGGUCUUAUCUACCUGAAAUCCGUAUGCCUGAUUGCGUUUGUAUGAUGGCUAGACUGUGGAAUGAUUUACCAGAGCGCUAUAAAGCACCUUUUAAUGAUGCAGCCCUAAGAAUUCGUUUAGAUACUAAAAUGAAAGUGCAGAAAGGGAUUGGGGAAUUCCGCGCUAAUAAUAAUAGAAUUAAUGAAAUAUUAAAACCCUAUCUCGCCGAUUCAGAUCUUGUAAAAAUGCUAGACAGACUUGCUAGUUGUUGCAAGCAGGAUUGCGGUUACUACGUAUUAGCAGGAACAGAAAUUGUGACUAGCUAG